AGGCAGCAAGAAAGCAAAAAAGGCAACAGGGUCAAGCAGGACGAGGAACAGACUGAGAAACUGCGAGAGAGGAGAAAAGAUGGCUCAGAGAAGAAUCAGUGGAGACCGACUGUUUAUUACAGUGGUGUACCUGGUAGCCAUGUGCAGAGCCGUGCCCAUCGGUGACCUGCUUGACCGAGCCUCACAGCGCUCUGACAAAAUGCACUCUCUGAGUACCCUACUCACACAGGAGAUGGACACUCACUUCCCUCCAUAUGGCAGGAUGCAAAUGCAACGCCCUGCUGAGUGCCACACCUCCGCACUACAGACGCCCAGUGACAAAGAACAAGCUCUACAAGUGUCGAACUCAGAUCUAAUGUCGCUGGUCCGCUCCCUGCUCCAAGCCUGGGUGGAUCCACUGGUGAUCCUGUCCAACAGCGCCAUCACUCUGCCUCACCCAGCCAAAAGCAGCAUAUCAAGCAAAAUCCAGGAGCUGCAGGAGCACUCCAAAAGCCUAACGGACGGUCUGGACAUACUGUCAGGCAAGAUGGGUCCGGAUGCUCAGGCCACCUCCUCCCUCCCUUACACCGGAGGGACUGACCUGGGCCAGGACCGGGUAACCAUACUAAACAAGUUCGGUUUUCUGCUGUCCUGCCUUCGCCGCGACUCGCACAAGAUCGACAGCUUCUUAAAAGUCCUUCGCUGUCGUGCAGUGAAGUUGCAGCCUGAGUUGUGCUAAAGCCAGCAUGACUCUGUGGGGAGUUCUGCUUGUACUGCCUACCAGCUUAGGGCUAGAACAUGAUGUCUUUAACAUCUUCCUAAUUGCUGAUUAGAAGGUAGUAUAGGUUUUCAGAGGAUGGAGAUAGGGAGGAGUUAUAUGGAAGACAGAAGGUUGAACUUUUAGCAGCUACUCAAAACAUUAACCGCCCUGAUUCAUUUAUCAAGGUACACCCUGGGAACUGAACCACAAAACAAUAAAAUGUAUGGUUUCUUGUAGUGACAGGUUUUUCUUAAGGUGUAUUCUAUAGUGGAGAUCAUUUGAGCAGUAGUCAACUUGCAAUCAUUGCUGUCUUUUCUACCAGAGCAUUAUUUCCAGCUGGUCUGGUAUCACAAAUUAGCCAUCCUUUUUUAAUUUAACCAAGAACCUACUGUAUCAUCCAUAACUUGACUCCUCCUCAUCCCUUCCUUCUCUAAAACAGUUCUCCCCUCAAAGUCAACCUCCCCAACAGGAGCUCUGCUGAAGCAGGCAGGAAUACGUUUUUUUUUCUCCUUCCUCAGUUAUAUUCUGCAGCAUUUGCACUUUAGAUUCAAUCCCACUUUCAAUGCAGUGCCUGUGACUAAAUUGUUUCCGCAUAAUCUGUUUAUCAAUAAACAUUAUUUCUUGCACAGUGA